AUGUAUGCAGAGAAGGCUGACAAGGUAGAGAUAAGGUAUAUGGAGAUAGAGGGAGUUUCUUAUGCUUCUGGAUUGCAGGGUUCCAAAGGAUUUGGCUACGAACCAUUGACCAAUGAUUUCAAAGUGGUGGUUGCAUGUGGUGAUGAACAACGGCGGUGUUGUAACUACUUUAAAAAAGGUGAACAUGUUGCAGUGUAUAGUUUGAAAAGCAAUUCAUGGAAAACUCCAGUGAUGCCUGACCUAUGUUAUUCACAUGGUGAUGGUGAUGAUUCUACUUGUCUGGUUAGUUGUCCAUAUAAUACGGUGUCCGUUGUUAUCAGUGGCUCUAUUCAUUGGCUAAUCUAUUUUGGGUGUAGAAAUGUUAUGCCACCAAUACUUGUAGAUGCUUCUUAUGGGGUAGUUGCGUUUGAUCUAACUAGUGAGGAAUUUAAGCUCAUAAAAGCCCCUUCAUCUUUAAGAAGUGCAAACUUUGCAUUUAUAAGUAUUUGUAACUUGUGUGGCUGCUUAUCUCUGGUCACUUCACGAUCAUCAUCAUGUAUCAAGAUAUGGGUGAUGAAGAACUAUGGUGUGUGGGAUUCUUGGACUUAA